AUGCGGAUAAUCAGAAGAGAUGACUUUGAGGAUCUUCUAGGCGGCAAUUUCGACGUGGCGACCGAGUUCAAGCAGUACAAAGAACCCAGCUAUCUGGAGGAGGCGGUGGCCGCCGAGAACGCUACAGAGUCGCUCAAGAAGAGCUCUUUUUUCAGCAAGAUGGCCCAGCCGCUGAAAUACACGUUCGAGAAGAAGGACUGCGUGAUACUGGUUUUUCUGAUCGCCUGUUUCGUGACUCUGCUGGCCGUGUUUUGCGGCGCUGUUUAUUUUGGUUACAGAGAGUACAGUCUUCUUCUCCGGCGCGUCAGCCUCUACGAAAAAGAUGUGCCGCCUUGCGACGACGAGGAGGAACUGGACGACGAGCCCAAGCCACAGAGCACGUACAGCGGCGCCACGCUGCGGGAGCCGUCCACCAGAGCGUCUGCUUUUUCGCCGGGCCCAGGACGCGAACUGCCCAAGACUAGUCUUACUUUUCCCGACGCCGAGCAACAGACCCCUGCCGUUACGCGGACGCUUCACUCCUGGAAAGAUUCGCUGCACAAGAUCUCUAAGCGCGGCACGUCCAGGGCUUUACCAGGCAAGCAGUCUGCCUCUACGCAGUUCUCUGCGUCGAUCGACGGAGGAUACAUGCCGACCUGGUCGUCGAUGAUCGACUCGAGACUCUCGCCCAUUGACAUUGUCAACGGCAGCGUUUCGCCCGAUGCCGUGAAGAACACGGCUACCAACGAGUCUGCGCCCGAGACGUCGUGUCUGGUGAACGAGGACGGGUCCCUUGUGGAGCAGUCGGCAGACAACACGCGCAUCAUGAGCAUCUACGAACGGUACUCCCCAGAGGCAAGCGGCCACCACGAAGAAGAGCCCAAGAUCGUCUACACCAUGGUGCAGCUCUACGAGCUAGAGCCCUUGGACCUCAUCCAGGAGUUUGUUGACGGAGAAGACAAUAAGUUGCUUGCUACAGACAUUUUGUUCCCUAAAAAACCGCUCUACUCGGAGAGCUCGGUUGUGGAGAUCGAGAAAGAGCUGACGAUGAUUCGGCUGAGUCUAUUCAACUGCUCUUUGGACACUGCCUCGAAAGUGCUCGAGAUUUUCAAGUUUUUGGCCAACUCGUUCGGACUGCAAAAAUUCAAUAACCCGCGCAUAUUCCUCAUGUCGUACGGCAUGCUGAUCGAGCAGCUGGUGGAAUCGGACUUCAUUAUCAACGACAACGAUAUACCGACGAUUCUGGUCGGCGCCUUCAUUGAAAUAGUGGUCAAGUAUUGUGUGUGCUGCUGGAAAUAUCCAACGUCCAGACAUCUGAAAGUCGACAGGAAGUUUGCCGACUGGAAAAUGACUCCCCACGUUCCGCCGCAGUACAAGGUGUUCAAGUACAUUUGCACGCUGAUCAAAUCGGGGUACAAGACCGACCUGCUUGGCGAGGUGCUGAUAUUCUUUUCUACACCGCCGACCCCCCACAACCUCAUAUAUUUGCUUCCGGAGUCAGAGCUGGAGAACUAUAAGAACCCCGAGGUUUUGGAGCUCAUGGCCUAUUUGAGAAAACAGAUCCAAGAGGAACACACCAGUUGCUGCGGUCCAAACUCAUUUUCUGGUGCAACCUCGCCAGAAUACUCCGAGUAUGAAGCCUUUUUGCAAUCCCGGGCCUCUAGAAAAUCAACGAGCCCCAGACGUGCGCUUCCGGGCGCGUUUGCACGCGAGACAAACAACCCUGACGCCGCCAAAGAGCCUUUGUAA